AUGACAACGUCACGGGCAUCAAUAGUUAAUAUUCAUUGUCCUCCAUCAUCAUCAUCAUCUCAUGGAUGGCAAGUUGAAAGUGGUUAUUAUUCGGAUUCAUACAAUAACUCGGCUUCUUCAAUGUCAAAUACAAAGAAGCAAACAUCGCCACACUAUGGUGUUCAUCCAACGUCGUCGUCUUGUUGUACAUCUUUAAUACCUCCGCCACCACUAUCGACAAAUUUAUUUCACAGAUCAUCAUGUCAUAAACGACAACAUCAAACUACAAAAGACAUUGUUUUAUGUUCAUGUACCCAUCAUCCAUAUCUUCAACAUAAAAUAAAUGUCAGCAAUAAUUCUAAUACUCCAACGAAUGCAGCACUUUUAUGUACAAUUGACCGAUGUAUACAUUCUAGUACAAAUAUGAAACCUAUAUCUGAACAUCAAAUUGAACAUUCUAAUUCUUCAUUAAAUGAUUCCAAUACAUCGCCAGGAAUAACAAGUAAUGAUGAUGAAUCAGGAAGUCAUUCGGCAAUGGACUCAUCAGUUUUAUCACCACUUAUUACACGAUCACAAGCAGUACAACAGCCACCACCACCGCCGCUGCCACUGCAUCCUCCUCCUAUGAUUCCUGUUGAUCACACAACAUUGCUCAGUCAAAUAAAAACAACAACGCGUAAUUCAAUACUUUUCUGCAAUGACAACACUUCUAUGACAACUAACACCUAUAUACCUGAUAGCGGUUUCGAUUCAUCAAGUUCACAUGCCACUGCAUCACUACCACCUAUACCUCCGCCAAAACCAUCAUCAACACCUUGUACUGCUUUCAUGAUACAAACACAAACAGGCAACGCUCUCUUAAUACCACAUAGUCAAGGUUCAUUGAUGUCUUCUUCGACCAUUGAUCCAAACGGUAGUAAUAUUCAUAAUGGUACACUUCCUCUUCGGUCUUCCGCAUACUCAUGUCCAAAUUCAACUCAACUAACAACAACAAUGUCAACGAUUGACCGGCCACAUUCUAAUUUAUCAAAUGUCUAUCAGACAAUUGAUGCCGACAGUCAUCGUGAAUAUAUAAUUCAUUCAAACGACAAUAAAAAUGAAAUCUUUCCUGAUACACCAUUACUGCCUUGUUUUCGCAAUAAUUGUUAUGUUUAUCCACUGGAUCAUCACCAUCAUCAUUCUCAUUCACAUAUUCGUUGCAAUUGUGAUUCAACAACGUAUAAUGAACAAGCAACAACAACAACAACACGACAGUCAACACAUUCACCGUGUCCUUUAUUUAAUAGUUCAACAUGUCGAUCGAAAAAACGUAAAACAGAUGAAAAUUAUUUUCAAAGAAAUUUUUUCUCAUGGAAAACAAUUGCAAUUAUUUUUAUUUUAACAACAUUAUGUUUCCUAUUGUCAACUAUUUAUUUAUCAAUAAUACAUUAUUAUCAUCCAACAUUUCGAGAGAUAAAUUUAACACAACCAAAAGCUCGUCAACAGAAUUUAUUUUAUGGUAAAACAACACGUUUCAUUCGUAUUGGUGAUAAAAUAAAGGAAACAAUAGAUUCACAAUCCAGUACACAAUUACAGUUUUAUAUUGAACGAACAAUCUCAAUACAAUUUAAUUUUACAGCUAAUCGACAAGCUAAUUUUGGCAUCUAUGGUAGACGCUCGAAUUCGCCAAGCUUAACUCAAUUUGAUUUUUUUCAUUCCUUUCAUGAAAAUAAUCAACAACAUCAUCUUGUACGUAGAAGUUUUCCAGUAAAUCGAACAUCACAAAUCUAUAUAACGAGUCUUAAUUAUGAACAAUCAACAUUACUAUUUAAUGAAUUAUUAACAACAGGACUUUGGUAUAUCACAAUAAUAAAUGAUGGAUUGACUAAAGAAAAUUCUGAAUUAAAUAUUGAACAUAUUGAUGAUAAAAAUGAACGAACAUGUUUAAAUAAUUGUAAUAAUCAUGGUAUUUGUCAGCAUGGCAUAUGCAUUUGUCAACCAUCGUAUACAGGAUCGGAUUGUUCGAUAGCACAAUGUACAGAUUUAUGUAGUGGACAUGGUGUUAUUGAACAUGGACAAUGUCGAUGCCAAGAAGGUUGGCAUGGAGCUGAAUGUCAACUAUCGUUCAAUCAAUGUGAAAUAAGCAAUUGUAAUAAUCGAGGCUCUUGCAUUGCUGGUAAAUGUAUUUGUCAAAAUGGUUAUCAAGGAAAAUUUUGUGAACAAGUUUCUUGUCAAAAUGUGAACUGCAGUGAUCAUGGAAUAUGUCUUGAAGGAAAAUGUCGUUGCUUUCAUGGAUAUACAAAUGAUGAUUGCUCAUUAUUAAUUCAUUCACAAUGUGAUAAUCGAUGUUCCGAACAUGGGCAAUAUGUUGAUUAUCCAAAACCGAUGUGUAUAUGUGAUAAUAAUUGGACAGGAGACGAUUGCGCGGAAUUGAAAUGCAAAAUUGAUUGUGGUAUCCAUGGAAAAUGUUCUGCAAAUGAUAAAAAUAAAUGUCAAUGCGAUGAUGGAUGGACAGGAGAAACUUGUGGAAAAAGAAUUUGUUCAGAAUUAUGUAAACAAUGUGAUGAUAACGGAACUUGUUUAUGUCCGAAUGGAUAUGCCGGUCGAUAUUGUCAAAUAGAUGCUUGUCCGAAUAAUUGUAAUGGACAUGGGGAAUGUAAAGUAAAUAAAUGUGUAUGUCAUAUAAAUUGGUUUGGACCAGAAUGUCAAUUUACAAUUGAACAUAAUUGUAAUGAUCAAUUAGAUAAUGAUAAUGAUGGUCUUGUCGAUUGCCUUGAUCCAGAUUGUUGUUCGUCAAGUAGAUGUCAAUCGACUGCAGAAUGUAUUUCUAGAACAACUGCUAAAGACAUAUUAUUAAGACGUCAAGCUCCAAGUCCAUCGGCUUCAUUUUUUGAACGUAUGCAAUUUUUAAUUCAAGAAGAUGGUUUACAAACAUCAUCAAUUUAUACAUCAUUCAAUGAACGACGUGCAUCUGUUAUACGUGGUCAGAUAUUCUAUAAAAAACUUUUACCACUCAAUGGUGUAAAAGUUCAAGUAUUGAACAAUCCCAAUCAAGGCUAUACAGUAUCCGACAAAGAUGGAUUUUUUAAUUUAUUAGUCAAUGGUGGUGGUUCAGUACUUAUACAAUUUAUUCGACAGCCAUUUCAAACAAAACAAUAUGCAUUUAUUGUUCCAUGGAAUACAUUUCUUCAUAUUGGUUAUAUUUAUAUGGAUGAAACUAGUGAAAAUAUUGUUUGCCAUAGGAAUUAUUCUGAAAGUAUUCAACCAAAAUUAUGGGAUACUAGUCUUGAUAGAAGUUUUAUAACAAACGACAAAUUUGAUUAUGCAUAUACAUUAGGCUCACAAAUAAUUCGUCAAUCAAUAUCAAUUGAUAAGCCUGAUUUACCUAUUAAAUUUAUUUAUUUAAGUUCAUCAAGUGGAAGACGUUAUCAGUCAAUAUUAACAAUUGUAUUAACCGGAGAUCGUAUUGAUGAUUAUCUAACACAAAUACAUUUAAGUAUCAGUAUUGAAGGAACAUUUUCUAUGAGAAAGUUUCCGGCAGAAAAAAAUCUAAUUUAUGAAUAUGAAUGGUCGCGAAGAAAUGCUUAUGAUCAAAAUGUGCAUGGUUUAGCUGAAGCCAUUGUUUCAAUUGGAUACGAAUAUAUGAAUUGUAAUCAAAUUGAUUGGUAUCGAAAAUCAGUUAAAAUAACAGGACAAGACAUUCCAACAGCAAAUAUUGGUGGAUGGACAUUCAAUGUUCAUCAUAAAUUGAAUGUUCAAGCAGGUAUCUUACAUAAAGGUGAUGGAACAAAUAUGUUACUCACUGAUUCGCCUCUUCAAUUUUCUACUUUAAUCGGUAUUCGUGAUCAAAUACGUUCGAUUGAUUGUCGAAAUUGUUAUGAAAAUCAAGCAUUAUUAACAAAAUUACUUAAUCCAACAAGUCUAACUAUUAGUAAUGAUGGUACAAUAUAUAUCGGUGAUUUAAACCUCAUAUGGAUGUAUCGACCGGCAAAUAACCUUGUUAAACCAGUUCUUGAAUUGAACGAACAGUAUACAUACAAAUAUUAUUUAACAACAGAUCCCGUUGAUGGUCGUUUAUAUAUAUCCGAUUAUCAUCGUCGACAAAUUAUACGUUUAAUAAAAACUGAAUCUAUUGAAAAUCUAAAACAAAAUUAUGAAAUUGUUAUUGGCGAUGGCCAUUAUUGUACAUUAGAUUUAAUUCAUAAUAUAACAUGUGGUGAUGAACAAUUAGCUAAAGAUGUUUCAUUAUCGUACCCGAAAGGUUUAACAAUUGAUCGUUAUGGAACAAUCUAUUUUAUUGAUGGACAGCGUAUUCGAAAAUUAAAUAUUGAAAAUAGUCAUGUUACAAAUCUUGUUGGAUCGUAUGACUAUCAAAUAGAUUACCAUAAACAAUUAUCAUGUAAUCGAAGUUAUUCACUUGAUCAGUUUAAUCUUUAUAAUCCAACGACAUUACAUAUUCAUCCACUUGAUGGCGAUUUAUAUAUUCUAGACGAUAUGUAUCUAUAUCGUAUACGGAUCAAUUUUAAUCUCAUUGAAAUCGUUCUGGGUCAAUCGUUGAAUUGUUUAAAUAAUGACAAUUUUGUACAAUUAAAUAAUCCAAUGGAUUUUUCGUUUAAUCAUCAAGGAGAUUUAUUUAUACUGGAAAAAUCAAAACCAUUCAUUCGUGUAUUACGAUCAUCAAAUAAUCAAUUGGAAAAUUUAAAUCUUAAUUUAAAUAAUAUUAAAAUCAAUUUUGCAUCCAUUAUUAACUAUCCCGACGGUUCAAUUAUACUUUCAAAUAUUGCUUCGAAAGAAAUUUUGAAAUUAAAAUCAAUUUCAGUAACAAAUGAAGAUGAACAAAACAAUGGUUUAAAUAUUCAUUCAACAGAUAAAAAUGAAAUUUAUGUUUUCAAUCGAGUUGGACAACAUCGCGCAACAAUCGAUGCAUUAACAGGGGAAACAAUCUUUAAUUUUACAUAUGAUUCUCCUCAAAAUGCUUAUGGUAAAUUAGAAUCUAUAAUCUAUCGUAAUGGUAAAAGUUUAUUAUUGAAAUAUGAUUAUGCUAUGCGUAUCAAUGAUAUUGUUCAAAUGCCAAAUGGAAAUAAAUUAAAGAUAAAUUUUUCAAAACAAAAAUUCUUCGCACAUAUCAUUGACGAUAGUGGUUUAUCUACACAAUUUUCAUAUGAUAAUGGAUUGUUAACAGGAGUCAUUAAAAAUAAUAUAAUUAGAAAUCAUUUUAUUUACAAUAAAGCUGGACAUAUUCAACAAAUUAUUCAUGAAGAUGGUUAUUUCAAUGAAUUGAUCACAUCCGCUAAUCAUUCGUUUUAUCGAAUAGAUAUUAUUGGUCCAAAUGAAAAUACAACUUAUUUGAUGAGUAAAUCAAAAACAAUUCAAUUAAAAAACAAUCAACCACGAUUAGUUCGUCGAGAUUUAUCAAAUUCGACAAUAAUUACUUCAUCCUUAAAUCCAUCAGUAAAAUUGAUUUCAAGUUCAAAUCGUUCAUUAACUUUAAAAAAUCGUCAUCAAACAAUUGAAUUUAAUUCAUCAUCACAAUUUUUAAAUUCAUUAGUUUAUUCCGUUUUACCCUACGAUAAUGAACACGUGCGUUCUUGUCAUUUAAAGAUUAAUAAUAAUAUUAUUUUAACAAUGUUAUUUGAUCAUUCUGAAAACAAAUUAAUUAUACAAGAUUACAAACAAAAUGAAAUUCUAACAAUGAUCUAUUCAGAUAAAUAUCGUUUGCAAUCAAUAAAUACAAAAGGAUUUUUACCGAUUAGUUACACAUACAAAGAUAACGAUCAAAAAUUAUCAAGCUGGAAAAUUGGCUCCUAUUAUGAAGAAUUCUUGUAUGAUACACGUGGACGUUUAAUUGAAAUACAACGAUUUAAUGAUCUUUCAUCAAUUAAAUAUAGUUAUGGACAUGGAGAACAACCUGUUGGAAUAACUUAUGGUUCUCAAUCGAAUGUAAUGUUACGUAAAGAUUCCACUGGAAGUAUAACUGGUAUCAUCAUGCCCAAUCAAGCCGAACAUACACUCGAAUAUCGAACAUAUUUCAAUAGUUAUCGUUUGAUUUAUUACGGUUUACAUACACAAAUAUGGGAAUAUGAUUCUAAAUCAAAUCUUCAACGAAUUUAUUUUCCAUUUCAACGUCUCAUAACCUAUAAAUACGAUGAAAAUAAUCGUUUAAUUUAUUCAUUUACUGAUGGUUGUAAAACAUCAUAUGAAUAUUUAAAAUCACAAAAACAAAUUCAUAUUGCGUAUCCUCGUGGACAAAUAUACGAACAAAUUUAUGAAUACAAUAAUAAUUCAUUAUUAAGUAAUUUGAUUGAUUAUUAUUAUGAUAAAUAUUCUUAUAUAAUUUCAUAUAUAAAAUAUAAUUCCAUAAAUUCAUUUGAAUUACGAUUUAUUUUUUCAAAAGCAUAUGAAAGAAAUUUUCUUGAAAAUUAUUCAACCAAUUAUCAACUAAGUUAUCAAUUAAAUUACAAUGAGAACUAUGGCUAUUUACAAUCGAAUUCCUUCGUACGAUUAACAUAUCCAACUAUCUAUGAAUGUUUCAUUAAAGAUUAUUCAAAUUCAAUAACAAUAUCACGCCGUAUUGAUGAAUAUAAACGUCUAAAAGAAUUAAAUUUAAAUUAUAAAAAUCAAAAACGUUUAACAAUUGAAUUUAUCUACAACAAUAAGCAAUUACUAUUAGAACAAAUAAAAAUUACAUUAAACGAACUCGAAAAAUAUUCCUAUACCUAUGAAUAUGAUAAUUUAAAACGUCUAAUUAGUAUUAAAAAUAAUCAAAAUUCAAUUGACUAUUAUCAAUAUGAUUUAAAUAAUAACUUAAAUUCAACGAAAUCUUAUCCAUCUAUUCAAUAUAACCAAUGGAAUCAAAUAGUACAAAUAGCAACAAAUGAAAAUCUAACAUUAAAUUAUAAAUAUGAUCAAAAUGGAUUUCUACAUGCAAUAUCAAAUAAUAAACUCUAUCUAUUUAAUUCAUUUGGUUUAUUAAUUAAAUAUAAAUAUAAUCAAUUAGUGAUCGAUUUUAUCUAUGAUAAUGAGCAACGUUUAAUUAUGAAAUUAUAUCCCGUAACUGGUUACUAUUUAAGAUUUAUCUAUGGAAAUCAACAACAACGAAGAAUGAUAACGCAUAUAUAUAAUUCACAAUUAAAAUUGUUAACUAUUAUUUAUUAUGAUCAUCAAAAUAAUUUAAUUGGUUUUGAACAAAAUGAAAAGAAAUAUUUUCUAUUAACUGAUGAUAUUGGUUCACCAUUAUUUAUGUAUGAUAAUAAUGGUCUUUUAGUUCAAGAGAAAUUCUACGGUUUAUAUGGACAAAUUUUAAUUGAAAAAAAUUAUAACGAUAAAGUGUUUUUUCCAUUUGGUUUUGCUGGUUUGCUAUUGGAUGAAGAUUUAAAUUGUGUUUUUGAUAAAAUUCAUGGGAAAUUAUUCGAUCUUAAUCUUGGAAGAUAUUUAGUAGCGAAUUUUCCGUUAACAUGGACAAAUAAACAAACAUAUCUACCGAAAAUGAAUAAUCCAUUACAUGAUAUGAAUUUAUAUAAGAUAAGUGAUGAAAUUUAUAAUGUUAAUGAAAUCUUCUUUCAACGAUUACAUAAUAAUGACAUUCUCAGUCAACUACGAAGUCUCAAUUAUGAUUUUACAAGCACACACGAUUCAGUGCUAUCUUCACCCUAUUUUAAUAAUCAAAAUAUUAUUCUCGAAGAAAAUUCAUUAAUUUAUUCAUCAUUUUUUUCAUAUUUCAAUGAACAUUAUUCAAUAUCGUAUCCAAAUAAGUUCAUAUAUUCAAUAGCCCACAUUGAAAAUGAUAAUGAUUUUUGGAUAAAUCGUACAUUAUCCGUAAAAAAUCCGAAUCAACAAAUAGAAUUCAUAUCAUUUGCAUCCUAUGAUGAUUUGUUUUCUACCUUAUUCAAUCAGUCCUUUUUAAUUCCAUAUCGUAAACAAAAUCAUGUAUAUUUUCUUCAAAAUCUAAAUAAUUUUCAACAACUAAAAUCACAUCUCAAUCAACCAUUAUUUCGUCAAUAUAAAAUAAAUAUACGACAUCAAACAAAUACAAAUAAUCUUGUCGAUAUGGAUUUAAUUAUCAGUAAUACAACCACAUUUCAUAUUAAAUUCGGUUCAACAUAUGAUCAAGAAUAUAAAUAUUUAAUUGAUAAUAAUUUAUCACAAAUGAUAAAAAAUGUUUGGCAAUAUGAACGAACCUAUUUAAUGGAAAAUUUUCGAUUAUAUUAUUUAUAUACAUGGUCACAAAAUGAAAUCGAUGAAUUAAUAAGUAAUGGCUAUGUAACAAACUAUACUGUUGUUUAUCGUUAUGAUCCAUGGAUUUAUCCAGAAAUAAUUGAUGAUCCGACAAACUUUAUGUUUAAAAUGAAAACAUAA